UGGGACGUCCUUGAUCCAACAUGGCGGAUUGUUUUGAAAGUGCUGGCGGUAGCUGAUCAGUCCGUGCCUCGGGCGGUCCACUUCUGCGCUCAACUUCUGCUCUCUCUAGCAACUAGCGGCGGCCUCAUGCACUGAUGACGAUGCAACACGACCCAGAGCAAGCUCAGCAUCUUCAUAGAUGGCAGAAGCCGUACUUCGAUGGGAAAGUGGCGGAGGCUUAUCCGGCACAGAAAGCGGACGCCUUGCGUGGACAGUGUGGGCAGAUCCAGUAUGCAUGGGCCACAGACAAUAUUACGGAGCUGACGGCGUCCAUGCUUCUGAAGCAGUAUGCAGAGAAGUAUGUCAACGUGGUAGACAGUACAGAUGGCAACACAGGUCUUAACAAUUACGCUGAUGGCGCCCUGUCCUUGGCUUCGGGCCACCGGAACGAGAGUGGAGAGUGGCAGACGUCACUCAGCAUGGACAACAUGCAGAACAUGCAGGGGGUCCAGGACCUCAUGUCAGCGUCAAAGGUUGAUGCAGCAAAGAUGAUGAACUCGUCGACGGCGGACAUCCCACUGUCGGAGCAGACGGCAUCGUAUCCCGUCAACAGCAGCACAUGCAUGCAGGCGGGCGCCGCGUGGCCCUACCCAGCCUCCUCCUGCAGCAGCAAGGACGGCAGCGUGGUCGGACAGGACAUCGGGAUGAACGCGUACCACCAGCCGGACAUGUACGGGAACAUGGCCGCGUACCAGGACCCCAACGGCGCCCCCUACCCCCCACCUCAAAAUGUGCAGCAGAUGCAAAUGAACCAUCACCACGGCCAGCCGCCCGUCAUGAACCACCACGGACCUAUGAGCCACCCCGGCUCCAUGAACCACCAAGGCGGCAUGAGCCACCACCCCAUGGGUCCCCAGCCCGGCCUGCAGCAGGGCAUGGGCGCCAUGCAGGGGAUCAGUCACCAUGGCAACCUGCAGCAGGCUGCGUCGCCCGUGUACGCAAACCACCAGAACAGGAACUUCCGAGCGAACAGUGCUCCAUCCCUGUCCCGGACCUCCUCCUCCCCAAACGUGCAGGGCGGGAGUCCCAUGAACGGCUACCCCGCCGUCAGCAGCCCGUCAGCGAACACUACUGUAAGCACGCCGGGCACAGCCUUUCCCACCCACCCCUCCACGUCCUGUAAUGUACCACCAACACCCGUUCCUGCCUAUUCUAGUGCAUCAAAUGCAGGUUAUUCCAGCGCACCAACAACUGGCUUUGCUAAUGCACAGUCCUCCGGAUAUUCCAAUGCACCAAGUGCACAUGCACAGUCUGGGAUCUACCCAACACCAGCCUCCUCCCUCAAGAGAAAAGCCUCAUCAAUGGAAGGAGGUGAUCAGAACAACUAUGGGAGCUACCCGUACGGAAACCAUGGGAACCAGUAUGGAGGCACAUCCUCAUGCAGAUAUAACCCAAGAGAGGGAGGGAACAUGGCUGAUCCCAACAGGAGAGAUUGUAUGGAGGAGUCAGGCAGUACGGAAGACCCGGCCUCCAUGAACUUCUGCACAGCCAGGGAACAACUGGCAAUCAACAACCAAAAAAAGUAUGGGCGCUCAAAGAUGCCCACACCGACUGCGUCUUCCUACGGAGCUGUGAAGAAAUCCUUGGGUGCACGGCCCAGAGGGCCUUCUAGCAAAUUUGUGCCACCUGUGCUGAACAAGGAGGAUUCCAGCGAUGAUGGAUGCACAUUGUUUCAGAUAAUGGACCACGGCCCCCCAGUGUCCUGGGACGACAUCGCGGGGCUGGAAUUCGCCAAAGCCACCAUCAAGGAGAUCGUGAUUUGGCCGAUGCUCAGGCCGGACAUUUUCAAGGGGCUUCGAGGACCUCCCAAAGGGCUUUUAUUGUUUGGGCCUCCUGGAACAGGAAAAACCUUGAUAGGCAAAUGUAUAGCAAGUCAAUCCGGAGCCACUUUCUUCAGCAUCAGUGCUUCUUCCCUUACGUCGAAAUGGGUGGGAGAGGGGGAGAAACUGGUCCGAGCGUUGUUUGCAGUAGCCAGGUGUAACCAACCAGCUGUGGUAUUUAUCGACGAGAUCGACUCGCUCCUGUCAUCGCGGGCUGAGGGCGAGCACGACGCCUCACGCAGAAUCAAGACAGAAUUCCUGGUGCAAUUUGAUGGAGUUGGGACAAGUUCAGAAGACAGAAUUCUCAUAAUUGGUGCUACAAACAGACCGCAGGAGAUUGACGAAGCUGCGAGACGUCGUCUGGUGAAGAGGCUGUACAUCCCCCUGCCUGACUACCCCGCACGCUGCCAAAUUGUGCACAGUCUGAUGUCCACACAGAACCACAGCCUUACAGAGGACGACAUCAGCAUCAUCUGUCAGAGAGCUGAAGGUUACUCUGGAGCUGACAUGGCCAACCUGUGCAGAGAAGCCGCCCUGGGUCCCAUCCGGAGUAUACAGGGCUCCGACAUACAGAACAUCACUCCUGAUCAGGUGAGGCCAAUCCUGUUCAGAGACUGUGAGGAAGCCUUUCGCCACAUCAGACCAAGUGUAACACAGAAGGACCUGGACUUGUACGUUGAGUGGAACAAACAAUUUGGCAGCGGCGCCACCUAGGAAAAGCCUCUCAAACUACAGGAAAUCUUUGGAGCACUUUGAACAAAGAGACAGUCCAAGAAGCCCCUCUUGCUCCUACUGCAGCCAAAGCAAGCUUCUAGCUAACUCAAUCAACCAAUGAUUACUGAUUAACCAAAGCUAGUUAAUACUAGUUGUUGCCAUUUUUCCGUGGUUGUGUUUUGUG